AGCUGCAGCUAUACGACGUUCUGGUACAGACUUGACGAGGCGUCAUUAGGACCGAAUCCUAUUCAGAUGUUCAACAUGAACAUUGGACUUUCGUUGAAGAUCAACGAGUCGUCGAAGACGGCCGAAGAAUUUGUUCACCUAUACUACAGCAGUGUUGAUGCAAAACGUCAUCAAAUCUCUCGUUUGUACAUGGAUAAUGCGACGGCUAUAUGGAAUGGAAAUGGCAUCAGUGGCAAUGAAAACAUUCAACAAUUUGUUCAACGAUUACCAAACACGAAGCACAUGAUUGAAUGCAUUAAUGCACAGCCAAUUAUCGAUGAAUCGAUACCGAGCCAAGAAAUGAUAUUAAUUGUGGUCUCCGGAAUUUAUCGCUUACACAACGACAUGGCUGGAAGACCCUUUCAACAAAUGUUCACACUAUAUGCUCAAGGCGACAAAUGGAAAAUUGCCAUCGACAAUUUUCGCAUCCAAGAUGCGCAAUGGUCAAUGUAAUGUCAAUGGCAGUGAAUUUUUGGAAUUCAAAACUAAAAUCAA